GCACUGAUAGGCGGCACUGAUAGGUGACACUGAUGAUGGGUACUGAUAGAUGGCACUGACUGGCAUCACUGCUGGGCUGCACUGGUGGGUGGCACUGGUGGGCAGCACUGGUGGGUGGGCACAGGUGGGUGGCACUGGUGGGCACAGGUGGGUGGCACUGCUGGGCACAGGUAGGUGGCACUUCUGGGCACAGGUGUGUGACACUGCAGAGUGGCACUGCUGGGCACAGGUGGGCGGAGCUAGUGGGCGCACUGCUGGGCACAGGUGGGCGGAACUUGUGGGUGGCACUGCUGGGCACCGAUCAUCAGGGCACUGAUCAUCAGUGGCCCUGAUGAUCGGUGCCGAUCCUCGCUCUGACAACUGCCGGUUCUCGGCAGUACUUUCCUCACGAUCUGACAGCGUGAGGAAAGUGCAGCCGAGAACCAGCACUUGCAU